AUGAAUUUCUUCGUCUUCUCUCUGGCCGCUUUGGCCCUGGUGAGCCAAGCUCUGGCCACCUCAAUGGACGUUCACUUUGCCAGCUGCAAGCCAGCCGGUGCUGGUGCCACGAUCAACUCCGUCAAUGUCAACCCAUGCUCUGCUCUGCCCUGCAUGCUGAGCCCUAAAGACUCGUACAAUGUCACCGUGAACGUGACCCUGACCAAUGGACUCACCACGGGCCAAGCCAAACUGGGGGCAAUGCUCCACAACCUGUUCGUCAGUUAUCCUGGCUUCACCCAGACCGACUUCUGCAAGAACCUGGUGGAUGCAGAGUGCCCUUUGAAGCCUGGACAGUCCGUUCUUUACAAGAUGCUUAUUUUCUUCCCGAAAGGCACUCCGAUAAUUCUUCUACCCUCCGUCAUCGAAAUUGAGUGGAAACUCCAGGACCAAACGGACAAGGAAAUCACCUGCUUCAAUAGCAUCAUCCGUGUCAACAAAAACGAGCCCGAGGAGCGCAGAAUUCCCAUCAGGGUCUAG